AAGGAGUUGAGACUACGGGUGGCAACCCACGCACGCGGGUAAACAAAAACAAUGGACCAUGAUAAACAAGGCAUGAUCAUUGAGAUCGAGCCCUUCCCUUCAGUAAAAUCUAUGCUGCAUGGUAAAGUGAUCCAGAGUCAAUCAAGAGAAAUCGUGGCGAAUGUUUUCGCGUUUAUGAAAAGGGAGGCCGAGUUCGGACAACAAAUCCCUCUCCGUUGUGUCACGAAACGUGUUAUUGCCGCCACGGGAGUUUCAGAGAGAAGUAUUCGACGAAUUCAAAGGGAAGCCGAAAUUGUGUAUUCUGGCGGGGCGUCUUCAUUCACUUCCCCAAGAUCCAAGAAAAGGAAGGUCAAGAAAUCCAAAUCUGCUAUAUUCCAGAAUAGUGCUGACAACACAUCAAAAUCUGUUCCGGAUCCAGAGGACAAAGGUGAUAUAAAACCCAAAGGCUCUGAGAGUGAGGAGAAAUCAGACAAAAUGUUGUAUCCAUCCUUAGAGGACUUGAAAGUCGACCAGCUCUCAAAGGCUCAGGGGCCAUUUGAUGCUGCGGAGGCUUUCAUGCAUCAGCAGCAAAGAAGUGCUGGGAAUACAUCAAAUCUCAUUUCGUAUCCGUCCACCGGUGCAGCAGGCAUUUACUCUUCAAUGGCUCCGCAGCCAGCGGCUGUGCCGGUCCAUGGAGUUUCUGCUCCUCCCCCGUACAGUCUCACACCCACAGCUCCCUCAACAGCUGACUCUUGCAGCGUCCGUCAGUACCAUACGCCUCUCUAUCCAACCCUAAAUGAUUACAUGGGCUUGGAUCUCUCACCAGAAACCAUUGCUCUGAACAUGCCUGAGUAUUCUACCGUGGCUGUUGUUCCACCAAUGCAACUGCAGCCAGCUACAACAACCUCUGGAAUGGUUGCUCCUCUCUCUGGUCAUUCCCUUGGUCUGCAGCGAGCCCAGGUCACCCAUGGCAUUCGUGAGCUGACGGUGUGCAAGGAUGCCCAUGGGAAAGUAGGCCUUCGUGUACAGACAGUCAACAGUGGUGUGUUUGUUUGUGUGGUGGUUAAGGGUUCACCUGCUGCAAUGGCUGGAUUACGCUUUGGGGAUCAGAUACUGCAAGUGAACGGACACAUUGUGGCAGGAUACACCAUGGAUCAGGUUCACAAAUUGUUCAAAGAGAGCCCCAUCAAUGGCAUCUCGGUUAUUGUUCGAGACAGGCCCUUUGAAAGAACUGUCACUUUGCAUAAAGAUAGCACAGGACAUGUAGGUUUCCAUUUCAAGGAAGGCAAAAUUGUGGGUCUAGUCCAAGACUCAUCUGCUGCCAGAAAUGGACUUCUUACUGACCACCACGUGUUGGAAGUCAAUGGCCAGAAUGUGGUUGGUGUGCCGGACAAGGAUAUUACAGCAAUUAUUAAUGAAGGCGGACAAACUAUUACCAUCACCAUCAUUCCCACUUAUGUGUUUGACCACAUGGUUAAAAAAAUGUCAUCCAACCUGCUGAAAAGUGCCAUGGACCACUCCAUUCCAAACGUUUAAUUCCUGUUUUUUUUUUUUCUCAAGUGCCAUAUUUGUCAGAAGGAAACCAUGAGUGCCGCUUUGUACCAAAGGGUUGCUACUUUUAGUAGUUAUGACUUUGUAUGGUCUUAGUUAAGAAUAUUUUGAAUAUCAAUAUCAAAGCAUACCCAAAAUAUAAUUUUUACUUAAAUAUGCAGUACUUCAAAUUUGAUUUGCACACAGGGUUGACUAACUAACGACUCUAUGAUUCAUUAUCUUACACCCUGCAACUCUGAAUUUGUAUUGUGAAUUUUCAUCAUUUUAUUAAGUUCAGUGAGGGUGGUGUGGAACUGUGAACAGGGUUGAUUGAAUGCGUAGUUUUGUUGUCCCUCAAACAAUUUGUGUGGAAAUCUUCUACAGCUUUAAUCUAGAUUAAGAUGACGAAGAUUGUUCUGGUUCAGUCGGAAAACUGCAGUCAAUUUGCAAUAAAUGUAUUUUGACAAAAUCUAUACUCUUCAGUAUGAUGUUUUUUCAACAUCAAUAACCAACAGUGAGAUUGUUAUUGCCUUAGUUUGUAUGUGAUCACUUGCUUAUAAAUUUAAGUAUUAUGUAGUUCAUCUCAAGAACUGCAACUUCCACUUUUGUUUCUCUCCUUUUCUUUAUACGAAUACAUUUAAGUAAGCUGCUGC